GCUCGUCUCCAUUCCUCUUCUGGAAUCUGCCUCGCUCCGCUUAAACCCGACGAGCUGAUCCCGCAUCCACAGCAGCACGCCGCGAAGUCUCCAGCGCCGCCGAGCUCUGCUGCCUGAUCUUUCAACGAGGUCGCCGGAUUCUCGCCAUCCAAGGGGGCUCGUGAUCAAGAUGGGGAAAGAAAAAGAAUUUGCCAAGCUGAAGGAGGAGAAGUCCAAGGAUGAGAUCCAUCUCAAGAUCAAGAUAAAGAUCAAGAGCAAGGACAAGUCGUCGGGCGAUAAGGAUGAGAAGAAGGAGAUCGAGAUAGAGAUUCAGGCCAAGCUUGGGAAGAAGGUAGAGGUCAAGCACGAGUCAGAUGACGGUGCAGAGUCUUCAGGCAAGGGCAGAGAGGAUAAAGAAAAGAAGGAGAAAAAGAAGUCGGAGAAGCAUGAAGAUGAGGUUGAAGAUGACGAAGAUGAUGCGAAGGCGAUCAAGAACGAUAAAAAGGAGAAAGAAAUGAAAAAGAAGGAAGGUGAAAAAGAUUCAGGAAAGGAAGAGGAGGCUAAGAAAGAGAAACAUAAUAAGAGUGAAAGCAAAGAGAAAGAUAAGAAGGAUAAAAGGAUUAAAGAUAAGGGAAAAGAGAAGGAUGCAUCGGAGUCGAAGGGUGGUGAUGAAAAACAAGAGAAAGUCGAAGACAAGAAAAAGAUGAACAAGAAGAGUGAAGAAAUGGAAAAGGAGGAGGGUCAGUUGGAGAAUAAGAAUGGUGAAGGAGUGCGGAAUAAUGUUCACAUAAACAGAGAGCUUGAAGGAGCAGAAAGCAACAGAGAUAUCAUGUCUGCAGGCUUAGACACCGGAGAAAUCAAGCUAACAAAUGAUGAACUACAGAAGAUAGAAAUUGAUACUUUUGAAGAGAAAACAGAUGGAGCAGCAAAAAUGGAGGAAAAAAGAGAAGGAGAUAAGGAGAAGAAGCAUCGUGAAUCCGAGCAAAUCAACGAUGAGGAUGAAGAAGGCAAGAAAGAUAAAGAAAAGAAAGAGAAGAAGAAAUAUAAGAGUGACAAGAAGGAAGAUGGUAAAAAGAAAGAGGAGGAUGGCGAUGAGGACGAAGAAGGUAAGAAGAAAGAGAAGAAGCCAGAUAAGAGCGACAAGAAGGAAGAUGGUAAAAAGAAGGAGAAGGGUGAUGAUGAAGAGGAAGAAGGUAAGAAAAAAGAUAAGGAGAAGAAAGACAAGGUCGCCAAGGAGAGGACGAAUGGCGAACACUCAGUUGCCUUAGCGAAGUCUGGAAUAGGAGUAGCUGAAGGAGAAGUUGGAAAAGGUCGAUGCCAAGUUGCAAGACCUGCAAGCUAAGAAAGAAGACAUCCUGAGGCAGCUGAAAGAGCUGGAAGAGGGUGGCAAGGGAAAGACCAACGGCGAGAAGCCUGCACAGAUACUGGAACAUGAUGGCGAGAGCAAGAUCAAGGAAGAGAACCCUGUUGCAGCUGCCUGAUCUUUUGGAGCUCUUUUAGUUGUUCAUGUAUCAACAUUUCUGAUAUGGGUCUAUCCAUGCACUUCACUGUGGUGCUAUAAUAACUCUGGUCCGGGUCUAUGCAUGCAUUUCACUGUGUAACGAAGCAUAUAGCUUGAGUUGAGUGCAAGGGUAUAGGAGUGUUCCUUCUCCAAAAAAAAAAAACAAUAAUCAUGUAAUACUUUGCUCCGUGAACAAGAGAAACUUACACAACA